CUGACCUCAGAGAGAACGUUGAAGGUCCGGGCGACGGCUCGCACGCACGGUGCGUGAUGACGUCAGGGCGGCGCGGGCGCCAUCCCGGAAGCGUGAGCCAAGCUGCCAGAUGUGCAGGCAGUGGAGGAGGAGGAAGAGGAAAUGGAUCCCCCAGACUCUGCCUCAAGGCUCUUCUGUAGCCGCAUCCUGAGCAUGGUGAACACGGAAGACGUCAACGCCAUCAUCCUGGCACAGAAGAACAUGCUGGACCGCUUUGAGAAGACCAAUGAGAUGCUGCUGAACUUCAACAACCUGUCCAGCGCCCGCCUGCAGCAGAUGAAUGAGCGCUUCCUGCACCACACUCGGACCCUGGUGGAAAUGAAGCGGGACCUGGACAGCAUCUUCCGCAGGAUCAGGACGCUGAAAGGGAAACUAGCCAGGCAGCACCCGGAGGCCUUCAGCCACAUCCCAGAGGCAUCCCUCCUGGAGGAAGACGAUGAAGACCCCAUCCCCCCCAGCAUCACCACCACCAUUGCCACCUCGGAGCAGAGCACCGGCUCCUGCGACACCAGCCCAGACACUGUUUCGCCCUCCCUCAGCCCUGGCUUCGAGGACCUGUCCCAUGUGCGGCCUGGCUCUCCAGCUAUGAACGGCCACAGCCAGACAGAUGUGGAGAUAGCAGGACAGUAGCCUACUCUGGGCCCCCAGAUGGCUCAGUGGCCAUGGCGCUCUCUGGGGCAGAGGAGGUGGUGACCUGCCUGGACCACACCUGCUCUGCCACCUAACCGGUCAUCUAGGGCUCCCUUCCAAGGACGUGAGGCUCCUGGGGGCCUGUUUCCCCUUCCUCCUCCAAACACCUCUCUUCUAUAGGUCUGGAGCCAUGCCUGGGCUUGCCAUCCUGGCUGGAGCUGUGGGCCAGGCACAUGAAGCCUGCAGUGCCCCAAAAGGCUCCAGAGACCAGUGUCAUCUGCCCCUGCUCUGCACUAACCUGGCUUCCCAGCCCCUCGCUUUGACAGAAGUAUCCAGCCUUUUCUCCAGUUGGUACCUAGCAAGUCUCUGGGGCUAGUAAAAGGUUCUAGAUGGAGGGCAGGCAAGCCGCUUAGCCCUGAGCGAUGAGGCCUGCACUUCUCUGAGCAGAAGUGCAGACCCCAGAGGCCCAGCAGGAAUCUCGAGGCGGCCUCUGGAGCCACAUUGGAAAAGAAUUUAAGGGAAUAUUUUUGUACCCGAUGUUUACAGAUGCUGGCCAGGAGUUAUCAAUAAAAGGACUGUUCCUAGAAAGGGAA